UACUAUGUAUUGGGUACCAGUUGGCCACUGCCCUCUAUCCCACACAAGAUGCCAAGUAUUAGGCCAUAGAAUAUAGUAACACCUCCAGCAACACCCAACAUACUGUGUUUUCAUUAGAUCGUGCUGGACAAUGCUAUCUCUCUAACCCACUGCCCCACAUACACUGCUGAACAUCACACACUACACAGACAUGCUAUGUGAGCUGGCCAGGUUCCCCACAGCCAGAGCCCACAUGAUAUCAGGCCUUGCCCAACAACCCCUGCAGCUCUGCGUACACUGCUACAAAUCAGGUCCCCUGGGACCCCUCCCAGCCCACAUUUUGUGAUAGGUACCCAGCAGUGCUGCCUACAUCCUACCUACAAUGCCUUCAACAAACAGUGGUAUUAAUCACACCCUGCAAUCAUAUCCUCAUACACUUACUGCUAUGUAUCAGGCUAUGUGAUCCCACAGUGGACCACUGACCCACACAGCUCCAAAUGCACGUUCAUAACGUGCCCUGAUGAACACAGCCCUGCCACUUGGCCGGACAUAUUACUGAUUAUUUGUUCCCACUGCUCUCACCUGACCUCCCAUGCACUACUAGAUUUCAGGUCUGGUUAGACUCACCCCUACCACACCGUCCAUGUCACUCAUACAGUGGCCGCAUUAGUGACUGCUCACCAGCCCCCUGCAUUGCCUCACACAUGAUGAGGUAUCAGGCCUUGUAGGACAGCACCCAUGCCCCACCUAAACUUCUAGAUACCAGCCCAUUUAGGAACCCUCUCCUUCCCCCAUAAAGUACCAGCAUCAGGCACUGUUAGACUCACCCUCCACUCCUAUAGCUUUCCAGUCUACAAGGCAAGUCUACACACCAUGAUGAUCAUUCCUAUUUGCCCAGAGAAAACUCUAGGGUCAGGUUCAAACAGACAGUAAUCCUGGGUCUCUGCCCACAAGUACUACUGUGUAUCAGACGCUGUGCCCUUCAUAUACAGUGCUGGAUAGAAGACCAUGAGCACCCCAUGCCCCACAAAUAACACCAUGCAGAGCUAAGCAUCAGCCCAAGCGAUACACAACAUCUCCCUUAAUGUGAAACAUCAAGUCUUGCUGCUCUCCCUAGACUGACUGCUACAUAUCAGACUUGCUGGACAGCCCCAUACUUCACACACACACACACACACACACACACACACACACACACACACACAAUCAGUGACUGAGAGAGUAGACAUCGAACCCAGUAGAAGAAAUCCAGCUAGCAUGUAAGCAUUUAUUUCUCUCUGCUCUUGACUGUAGAUGCAAUGGGACUAAUUGUUUGAGGUUCCUGCCUUGAUUUCCCCACAACGAUGGACUAUAACCAGGAAUUGUACACCGAAAUAAACUAGCUUCUCUGCCGUGUUGCUUUUUUGUCAGGGUAUUUUAUCACCACAACAGGAAUGGCACCAGAACACCAUCCCAUGCCUGGCUCCUCUACACUGCUGGGAAUCUGCAUGUGGCCCUGAGUGUGGGGGCGGUGGGGUGUUUAGCAGUUCUGAUAGCAGUGUGGGGGUGGGGGUCCUCCAGCCAUGGUGCCCAGCUUCAAUCUCUAAAGCCUAAUGAUGCUCUGCAGAGCCCACCCGAGCCAGAAGUUUCUAAGUCCUUUCAGUUUCUGUGAGUUUUGCACAGCCAUGACCUGCACAUGUCCUACUGUGACCUCACGAUGAGCCAUUGUGAGAGUCCACCCAGUGGAUAUAAUGGUGCGGCCUGGCCUGGUUUCUGUGGGUCUAAGAGGCAGGGUGGAGUUUUAGCCUGUGUGAUUUACUAAUCUCUAGUGAGGUUGUGUGCAGUGUGUGUGUGUGUGACUGUGUGUAGGUGUGUGUGCUCUGUGUGUGUGUGACUGUGUGCCGUGUGUGUAUAUACAUCCUUGUGUACGUGUGAGUGUGUGUGAGUUCAUCGGUCGGCCUUGUACAGCUACUGGUGAAGGCCAGAGCUCCACCAUCAGUGACUUCCUAAAGUUCCUGCUGAAGUUUUUCGAGUAGCAUCCAGAACAUUCCUGAGCUGGGAUCCUUCCACUUUAGUGGAUGCAUCACUACCAACCAUGUCCAGUGAUACGGAGGAGGAGUCCUCAGAGCCCAGCACCGUGCCCAGCGUCUUUGGUGAAGAGGUGUUCACCAGGCAGUACACCAUCCUGAAGGCCUUAGGCCAGGGUGGCAGUGCAAAGGUCAUGCUGGCCCUGCAUCGUCUCACAGGCGCCACAGUCGCUGUGAAAGCUCUGGUGAAGGAGGAGAAGUGGUGUGAGCCGCCAGUGUCUGAAGUCGACAUCAUGAGGAUGCUCAGACAUCCUAACAUUGUUUCCCUCCUGCAGGUGAUAGAAACAGAGUGGAACAUUUAUUUAAUUAUGGAAGUGGCUGAGGGAGAACAGCUAUUUAAUCGCAUCCGGAAGUCUGGAUGCCUGAAGGAAGAUGAGGCUAGAAACAUAUUAGUUCAGCUGUUGAGCGCCAUAGGCUAUUGCCAUGAUGAAGGCAUCGCUCAUAGAGACCUAAAGCCUGACAAUGUCAUAGUGGAUGAGCACGGAAUGGUGAAAAUUAUUGACUUUGGCCUAGGUGUCAGAUUCAGGCCUGGGCAAAAGCUGAAAAAGCCAUGUGGCACCUUCCAGUUCAUUCCUCCUGAAGUCUUCCUGGGCUUCCCUUAUGAUGGCCCCAAAGCAGAUGUCUGGACCUUGGGGGUCCUCUUAUAUUAUAUGGUGACAGGGAUUGUCCCAUUUACAGGGGCCACCUUGUUAGAACUCAGGGAACAAGUUCUGCAUGGGAGGUAUGACAUCCCCUAUCAGCUUUCCAAAGACUUAAGGAGCAUGAUCAGCCUAUUACUAACAGUGAAUUCGAGGCAGAGGCCAACUGUGCGGGACCUCAUGCGUCACCCAUGGCUUCAGAAAGGGGGAAAGACGUUUACAAUUCAUUGCAAUGGAGACACCAGCUGUCCAGACCUUGAAAUUAUGGCAGCCAUGCAAAACAUUGGGUUUGACGCCCAGGAUAUAAGACAAUCUUUAAAACACAGGAAGUUCAAUGAAACCAUGGCUGUAUACCACCUACUGAGGUAUCAGGCAUGCCAGGACCAUGACAGUAAUGUCCACACAAAGGUAAUCAACCCAGGGGCAACACCUUUCCCUUCUGUUGAAGACCCUGACAUGUUUUCCCUGCCCCUCAGGAGAAGGGCCAGUGAACCUUCUCUUCGGACAUUAGUCUCACCCACAAAAAACCCUGAUCAGAGUCAAAGGAAGGAGAUGGAUGACCCUGACCUGCCCGAGAAGACACCCAAUCUGGGCAGAAGUCACAAGCGCUCUAUGACUGCGCCGUGUAUUUACUUACCAAGAAACAUUGUGAUUGAUGUGGAAGACACCAGCUUCUCCAGUAGCUCCCAGUCAGAAAAGGCCUCAAGUGGCCCGGAACAGAGCAGAACCUCAAGCUCCCCGCAGCCCAGGGGCUGGGCAGGAUGGAAGAAGAGGAUUCGGACAUGCAUCCUCAGACUAUUCUGCUGCAUGUCAUCCCACAAAAGGUGUCCAAGGAAGGUGUACCCUCUAAAGUGAGGGGACACUGAGAUGACAAGAAGUAUGAGGCAUGAUCCAGGCUUUCUUCUGACUGGCCUCUCCAUCUCAGCACAUGCAGAAGCCCAACCAAGCAGCAUGGAAGUCUGUGUUUUCCCAGUCUGCCUCUCAUGUGGCUCCUGUUUCUGGCUGAUGUCCCAGUACCCAGGCGACCUGACAUCAGAGGAAGACUGGAGAGUUCACAGUUGGACACACUGCCCUGCUUGUCAGAAAAGAAAGAGGAGGGAGGCUGGUGCUGCCCUCAAGACUUUCCAGAAAUGGACCACCCCAGACUUGAUGCUCCAGCUCGGGCUGGGAGCUCAUUCCUGCUCCAUCCACUAAAACUCAACCUGCAGCUACAACAGAGGGGCUAGCUCCUGUGGAGGGGAUUACCUACAGUUCCGCCCUCUGAGACCUGCUGCUUCUGGAAACUGCUCUCCACAGAGGACUGCUCUUCACUGGUUUUGGGGGCCUCUGAAAGAUGACAGCUGCAACUCUCCCAGUCUCUCUUGAAUGGCAUCCUGCUGCCACCGAGAGUGUCAGAGUUUCUACUUUCUGCGUUGUAUUUCUUUUGUGUGUGUGUAUAUGUCUAGUUGCUCCUGUGUUGGAAAUAAAACUCUCUCUUUUGUCUCCCUUCA